UGAGGGACUACACCCAGAGUCUCCAUACAGCCGGGACUCUUUACUGCUCAAACUCUCAUUAGAGAAGGGGGCGUACGGGAAGUCCAAAUAUACGGCAACCGCAAACUGAGACUGUACGAAAUUGUCAGUCCCGUCUUUUUAAGGCUAGCUUGCUAACGUUUGAAACCAGAGGGCGAAUAUGUCGUGGCAGGGCUACGUGGAUAACCUGAUGUCGGAUGGCUCCUGCCAGGACGGCGCCAUUGUUGGGUACACAGACGCUAAAUACGUGUGGGCAGCGCAGGAGGGGGGAACAUUCAAAGGCAUCACGCCCACAGAAAUCGACAUACUAGUAGGAAAAGACCGGACAAGUUUUUUCACCAACGGCCUGACCAUAGGUUCAAAGAAGUGCUCAGUUAUCCGAGACAGCCUCCUAGUUGAUGGUGAAUGGACAAUGGACAUAAGGACGAAGAGUCAAGAUGGAGAGCCCACAUACAACAUCGCUGUUGGCAAAGCUGACAAAGUGUUGGUUUUAGUCAUGGGCAAGGAAGGUACCCAUGGAGGGCUGCUCAACAAGAAAGCGUUUACCAUGGCUGAUUACCUGAGGAAAGCUGGAUAUUAAGACACCUCCAAUGCUAGCUGCUCAUUCUGCUAACCCUUCUAGAUGAGAUUUGCUUCACCAUCCAUUGGUUUUCAACUCUACUUCAUUUUGUGCUACUUAAACCCUUAAGUUUCUUACCCAUAAAUGUUCAUUUAUUGUGUUCUGUCCCAUUUUGGCACUACAAUCCCAGACCAAAUGCUAGCGUGAAAACUUCAUGUCUUUGGGAGUUUGCUCGAUUACCAAGGGCUUGAGCUUAACUCAAAUUCCCAUUCCCAGAUCCAAUCUGGGAACGGUCGACUGUAUGCAUAUCUUCAAGCCUACCAAAUGAACCCUAGUUAGUGUGGACGGCAUAGUUAGCAUUUUUCUUAAAAUAAAUAUGGCGUCUUCUCUAACAAACGUCCGUUUUAUGUUUCUUCAACCCGAAGUUUGUCGCCAUUGGCGCUUUAACACUAACUGUAAUCUUGACGCUUUUUGAAUUGAUGAUUGUUUUUUGAGUCAAAGCCUCAUUUAGUUGGCUUUACUGUGAUUUUUGGGCUGCAGGUAGCAUCCCCCUCCCAAUCAAUCCACAAUUGAAUGUUUUUUGACAUUCUGUCAACCGUCAUCGCACUUGCUUUGCUAGCUGUAGUAUAUAUAUAUAUUUUUAAUUAAUUUUCGAGACGACUGCCAUUUCAGACAGCGGGUAUCAGCGUAGUUGGACCAAUUUUUGUCACUGCGCACUAACCAACGAAAACACUAGCGUCUGGUCGCAGAUUUCAACACGUCAACACUUGAAUCGAAUCAAAGCCGUACUGUCAUGACUGUGGAAUUAAUUGCCUUUGAGUCGUCAGCGAUACAACUGUCUGUUUCAUCAAGUCCAAAUGUUCAAUCAUAAUGUGUAUCCUGUGCCAUAAUGUUGUUAUCAAUUCGAACAGCUUCCCGAAUGAUUCUGUCGCUUCUCUGUUCAGGGGUUUUUAGUAUCGGCUGAAGUUCUGGCCUUGUGGGAUAUUUGUACAGGUGACUCUAGUUCAUUGCUUUAUCUUUUUCCCCUGUACUUUUUCAUACAUCUUGGAUACGGUCUGAUAUGUCUGAUUUCAUAUGCACAAACUGAGAAAUGCCAUAAGUUAAUUUCACCACCUUGUUUACAGACAGAUUAAAUAAAUCUAUUCCAACCCA